UUUCCUCAGUGCUGCUACUACUCUGCACAUGCUCCGGGACACUCCUCAAGAUUCCCCGUGAGGAAUUAGAGUCAGAGAGAGAGAACGGAGAAAUAGAGCCAGAAGGCAGAGUCAAUCAGACGGGGCAGGCAUUCUGGGCUUCUUAACAGCGCCAAGGAUCUAGAAGAUACUUUUCUACCCAACCUCAGAGAAACUCCCAUUGAUCAGAUAUUUUUUUAAAAGAAAUCACAGACCACAUUGGAGAGAGUUGGCGAAAGAUUGAGCUCCCCCCACCACCCCACAAUGUGCCGAUGAUGAUGAUGUUACACAUUCAGCUGCAGACACUACUUUCUCAAUCAGCGUGUCGAAGUAAGAGAAUCUGAAAGAAGAAAGUUGACGUGAGAAAGAGACAGAGACAGUGUCUGAGAGAAAGAGAAGCCAGAAGACUGCACUGCUAUGUCUCUGAAAUACAGUGAUGCCCCAGGGUCAGGAGCAACCAGCAACAGUUUCUGGAUGCCAGAUAAAUAUAAAAGCACAACAAAACGCACGGACGAUGGCUACAAAGUCUGCAACGACAUCAUCCUGUGUUUCCAGGAGAGAGCAAAGAUUGAGAAACAAUAUGCUCUGCAGAUAGCAACCUGGUCAAGGAAGUGGAAGCCACUGGUAGAAGCAAGUCCAAUGUACGGUACUCUGCUGAAGGCGUGGCACGCCUUCCUUACCUCUGCAGACCGACUGAGUGAACUCCACCUGCAGAUCCAGAAAUCGCUGGUGACUGAGGACACAGCCAAGAUUCAGAACUGGCAGGGGGAGACGUACCACAAGAAAUUCUUCGGCGGCUUCAAGGAGACCCAUGAGGUGAAGAGUGGAUUCCGAAAAGCACAGAAGCCCUGGACAAAGAAACUGAAAAAAACAGAGAAGCUGAAGAAACUGUACCACACCAAACGCAAAAAGGAGCGGGUAGCCAUUGUUCGUGAAAACAGUGGCAAGGCCAACCAGGCAACAUCUGCAUCAAAGCAGCGCAAACUCCAGCGGGAUCGAGAGAAGUGUAAUCACGAAGUAGAAAAGGUUAAGCAGCGCUACACAAAGACGAUAGAGGACUUAAACAAGUACAAUCCAAAAUACAUGGAAGAGAUGGAGAUGGUGUUUGACCAGAGCCAGCAGCUGGAGCAGAAACGCAUUAUCUUUCUCAAACAGAUCUUCCUGUCCAUACACCGGCACCUUGAUGUCACCAACAAUGAAAGCUUCCGGUCUAUAUUCAAGGACCUACACCAGACUGUACUCUCAGUAAAUGAGCAGAAUGAUUUGAAGUGGUGGCGCAACACACAUGGUCCAGGGAUGCCAACCAACUGGCCACAUUUUGAGGAAUGGAGUCCAGAGAGAGAGAAAAUUGCAGGCAAAGCAGGGAAGGGGAAGAAGGAAGGAGACAAGGUGGUUCUUCAAAGCUUAAGUUUAAGUAAAGGGUACUCCCUGGGUGAGGAUGGCACAAACGUCCCUGGCGUCAGAAUCCGUGCUUUGUACGAUUACACCAGCCAGGAGUCAGAUGAGCUCAGUUUCAAGGCGGGUCAGGAACUGACUAAAGUAGAGGACGAGGAUGAGCAAGGAUGGUGUAAAGGUUAUCUUGAUGGAGGCCGCAUUGGACUAUACCCAGCAAACUAUGUAGAAGUUAUACAGUAGUAGGCAGUGUGAAUGCUGCUUAAAAAAAAAGUUGAUAUUUAAUAUGAAGGCAUCACCACCAGGACCUAUAUCAAAGACAGUGUUUCUCCACUGAUACCGCUUUAAAAAAAUACUGUUUAAACUUUAUUUUUCAUUACUAUGACUAACUUUAAAAAAAAAUUAGCCUGUGAAUGCUAACAUUUUUGGCUGGGAGGACUAACUGUGCCCACAAAAUUCAGGGGAGCUAGAUUAGUGUUCGAGCAUUGGACAGGGAAUUUACUGAGCCAGAGAUCCACAGGCAGCAGAGAAGAUUGCUUGAGGAGCAGGAAGAGUUAAUCUUGUAAAUGAACCAGAUUAUCAGUUUAAAAAAAAUACACAGGUCACUAACAGGAUCUCUGUCAAGUAACCAAUCCAAAUUUGGCAACACAAGGAAUGGGACCUGCAUUCACAAUAGCAAUGGGAACAAAAGACCCUGGGUUAAACAAACAUAACCCCUGUGGGAGGUCAAUUAAUUUCUAUUCUCAGGAUAUCUACAACCCCUAGCCAGCUUCCCCACAAAACUGCAUCAUGUCACUUGUACAGGAGACAAAAUGGAUAGGAGGAAACUUAAGAAUUGAAUGAUUUGAGAUAAAAUGGUAGCUCCCUGAUGUUGGAAUUCUCUCAUCUCUCAAUAGACCAGAUACAUUUAAAAGGUGCAUUUGGAGCUAUUUUGAAUGACUGAAUGCAAGUUUCAAACUUCAUACACUUUGCAAAUUUCUCAUGCCUUCACUUAUUUACAUAAUAGGAUUGGCAGAAGCACAAGUAAAUCACUUGCAAAAUUUGUAAACCUGUAAUGUGAUGAACAUUAUACUAGAACACCCCUGCUUUAAUCCUAUUUUGUUUUACACUCCCAAAACGUGCACACCCCUCAAUGCAAAAGAUAAAGCUCUCACCCUCACUCACUGCAAAACUAUGAAAUACUUUACAUCAACCAUGAAAAAGCAAUCAAAAGCCCUGGCUGAUUUGCUUCUUUUCUACCAGACAGCAACUAUAGGGUCUUAACAACCAAAUUAAAACAAAGUCUGGGUAGUACCCAGACCUUUUCUACUGAGUCACUCAGACAUCCACCAUCUUAAAUAGAUGAUUAACUUUGAGCACACACACUUAUUUAUAGAUGAUUAAACUAAGGGAAUCUAAUCUAAAGCACACCACUAUCACAGGCCACGACAAAUGGCAGUGUUGUAUGUAGCAUCUACACGACUUAGCAUGGUACAUUGGAUAGCGUUAUAAAAACAAAGAUGAUUGGGGGUAACCUUAGAGGUUCAUAAAAUCAUGAGGGACAUGGAUGGGGUGAAUAGCUAAUGUCUUUUCCCCAGGGUAGGGGAGUCCAAAACUAGAUGGCGUGGGUUUAAGGUGAGAGGGGAAAGAUUUAAGGGGAAACCUGAGGAGCAACGUUUUCACACAAAGGGUGGUGCGUGUAUGGAAUGAGCGCUCAGAGAAAGUGGUGGAGAUGGCUAAAUUACAACAUUUGACAAGGCAUCUGGAUGGGUGCAUUGGAAGAGUUUAGACAGAUAUGGGCCAAAUGCUAGCAAAUGGGACUAGAUUAAUUUAGGAUAUCUGGUUGACAUGGACGAGAUGGACUGAAGGAUCUGUUUCUGUGUGGUACAACUCUGACUCUCAUAUAUUCCCGAGAUGGCUUGCGCGCUCAGGCAGAAAGAACGACUGCGCCAGAGUGGAUAAUUUAGGCAACCGGAAAUCAGCUUGGAGGAUUUUAGAAUGCUUUCAAGAAAGUGACAGGUUGCAUUAGUGUGGUCCAGAUUACUGGGCAAGUUUUAAUUUCUGCAAAUGACUAGUAUAAAUUAACCCUAUAGUAUUACAGAUUGAGAAGUAAGGUACUGAGGAGCUGGAAAUGUUGAGUCUAAGGUGGUUCCUCUGCUUCCUAUGACCUCACGGUCACUUGCACCCAUUUGAAAUGGACAUCUGGCCUUGAUUUCAAUUAAAUCCAAAAAGAUGCUAGAAAUACACAGCCCAGACAACCUCAAAGAAAUUCAGAGCCUAUCAAUUCUGACACAGCAUCACCAAUACAUUAACUCAUGUCUUUUCUGUUACUAGUGGGAUUUUCCAGUCAUUCCUGGCUUUCAUUUCAGAUGUUCAGCAUUCACAAUCAUUCUGUAUCAUAAAAAUAUGAAAUUUCUCUGUAAAACAGGAUCGUACCUCAGAAAUAGGAAUAAAGUGUAAAGGAAAUUGUGGUGAGCAGAGACCUCAUCUAAUUUAGCCUCAGCGUUCUACCUCCAUUGUUGAAAGGCUUUUGCUGAAGUUAUAUUGUUUUAAUCAAACUGCUAUUCCAAAAUGAUAAAAGAGGGAACUCUUUAUGUGUUACUCGCUCAUCACCACCAGUAGGGUUCCAGGUUCAAUUCCUCAUAUUAGGUGAAACCGUUAAGCAGAGCAACAAUUAGAUUUCAGAUCUCCUUGGUUGGUGAUAGGAAAAGUAAAUACAUGUUUCUGGUGAGCCUUGCAGGGCCCCGCCUCAAACAUGAAUGGAUAUUGGGUGGGACCAAGAUCAUGUGAUCUUCACUCUACAGUAGAAUAGUUUGUUAAUGUUCACCGUCAGGGCCACCAACAUUGAGGGCAGCCCAUGUGGCUGAGGUACCACAGAGAUCUUGUUAUGUGUGUCAGCAUUCUUCCAUAAUGUGGAGGUGCUGGUAUGGGACGAGGGUGAGCAAGGUCAGAAGUCACAUGACACCAAGUUUGGAUAACAGAUUUAUUUCAGGUUACUUCACCUGAUGAAGGAGCAGAAUUCCAAAAGCUUGUGAUUUCAAAUAAACCCGUUGGAUUGUAACCUGUUGCUAUGUGACUUUGACUUCUAAGCAUGCUUCCAAACAAGGGUCAGAAGCUUUAGACACAAGGAAGGAACAGAACUCGAUAAAGUGAUUGUGUUGCUCAUAGAGAACUACCGCAGUUUCAUCUGACCUAUCUGCUAAGAACUUACAUAUAUCAGACCUGAAUAAACUUCAGAAUGAGAGCACAUUUGCAUUCCUUAAAACAAAGUUAACCAGUCCAAGAGUUCCAGAUAUAAAUCAUCCAAGGCCCAGAGAAUCUAAAGGUCAUCUUGUUAGGCUGCCUUUAGAGGUUUAAUCUUCUGCUCCAUCUCAACUUCAUAUCUUUCAGACUGUCUAAGCAAGAACAUACCAUUGCUACAGCUCUUGUUUUUGUCUCCUCACUUGUACUACAGAAACGUGUUAACCAACAGGAAGCUACAUUUGCAAUUCUCUGUAUAUUGACACUGCAAAUGCUUGUGAAUAAAAGUUUGACAACAAUG